UGCUGUGUGUUUCCUUUUUUCCUUUUUUUUUUUUUUCCCCUCCGCCUUCUCUGCCUCUUCUCAUCCUUUCUCGCUCUCCGGCUCUGCGGUGUGACGAGGCCGAAUCCUCUCCGCACCCAGCCCUCUCGCCUUUCUUCUUCCUCUGCCCUCGCCGUUGUUCCAUUUCUCUCCCUCGGCCGCCGCCGCCGCUGCUGCACAGCUGGUGUCGGUGCCGCGCUUUCCCCCCCACGUCGUCCCCGCAGCCUAUGGCCCAGGCCGCCUUGGGUAUUUCUGCUCAAGGUAACCACAUCCCUCUUUAAAAAUUCCGCCGAAAAAGAGAAGACGCUUUACCCGACUCUUUGGGCCGUUAUCUCACGGCGAACUUUCUGACCAAGUAUACAACUACCCAGAGGGCCUAGGAGAAGUGCUGUAUAGAGAACAGUUCGACUUCAACGCUGAGCCACCUUGGGAACCUAGCUGAUGAUAGGGGGGUUCCAUCUCCUAACUUGUCCAUUUUGUUGCAUAUUCUAAGGACCCAGACGUAAGGCUUGGUGGCCCGUCUCUUGUUUUUCCUGGUUUAUGACUUUCGGCUUUGUGGAAUACGGCUGAGAUGAAAGGAUUUAUUGACGAUGCAAACUACUCCGUUGGCCUGUUGGAUGAAGGAACAAACCUUGGAAAUGUUAUUGAUAACUAUGUUUAUGAGCAUUCCCUGACAGGGAAAAAUGCAUUUUUUGUGGGAGAUCUUGGAAAGAUUGUGAAGAAGCACAGUCAAUGGCAGAACAUAGUGGCUCAGAUAAAGCCGUUCUAUACGGUGAAGUGCAACUCCACUCCAGCUGUGCUUGAGAUUUUGGCAGCUCUUGGAACUGGAUUUGCUUGUUCUAGUAAAACUGAAAUGGCUUUAGUGCAAGAAUUGGGUGUAUCUCCAGAAAACAUCAUUUACAUAAGUCCUUGCAAGCAAGUGUCUCAGAUAAAGUAUGCAGCAAAAGUUGGAGUUAAUAUCAUGACAUGUGACAAUGAAGUUGAAUUGAAGAAAAUUGCACGUAACCACCCAAAUGCCAAGGUCUUACUACAUAUUGCAACAGAAGAUAGUAUUGGAGGUGAAGAGGGUAACAUGAAGUUUGGCACUACCCUGAAGAACUGUAGGCAUCUUUUGGAAUGUGCUAAGGAACUUGAUGUCCAAAUUAUAGGAGUUAAAUUUCAUGUUUCAAGUGCUUGCAAAGAAUCUCAAGUAUAUGUACAUGCUCUAUCUGAUGCGCGAUGUGUGUUUGACAUGGCUGGAGAAUUUGGCUUCACGAUGAACAUGUUAGACAUUGGUGGAGGCUUCACAGGAACUGAAUUUCAAUUGGAAGAGGUUAAUCAUGUUAUCAGCCCUUUGUUGGAUGUCUACUUUCCUGAAGGAUCUGGCAUCAAGAUAAUUUCUGAACCUGGAAGCUACUUUGUGUCUUCUGCAUUUACACUUGCAGUUAAUAUCGUUGCAAAGAAAGUUGUUGAAAAUGAUAAGUUUUCCUCUGGAGUAGGAAAGACCGGAAGUGAUGAACCAGCCUUCAUGUAUUAUAUGAAUGAUGGUGUUUAUGGUUCUUUUGCAAGUAAACUGUCUGAGGACUUAAAUACCAUUCCAGAGGUUCACAAGAAAUACAAGGCAGAUGAGCCUCUGUUUACAAGCAGCCUUUGGGGUCCAUCCUGUGAUGAGCUUGAUCAAAUUGUGGAAAACUGUCUUCUUCCUGAGCUGAAUGUGGGAGAUUGGCUUAUCUUCGAUAACAUGGGAGCAGAUUCUGUCCAUGAACCAUCUGCUUUCAAUGAUUUUCAGAGGCCAGCUAUUUAUUACAUGAUGUCCUACAGUGAUUGGUAUGAGAUGCAAGACGCUGGGAUCACUUCAGACACAACAAUGAAGAGCUGCUUCUUUGUGCCUUCUUGCAUUCAGCUGAGCCAAGAAGACAACUUUCCCACUGAAGCUUAAGCAGGCAUUAACGCUUCUGUAGAUCUGAAGUUGCAGGUUAAUAAGCUUGUCUGGUCUACAUUCCAGUGUGGAAAAAAUUUAAACAAUCUUAUUCUGUUAAUUCUCUUGGAAACAAAAACUACUAGUAAUAACUAUUUGGGACCAGACAAAAUCAGCUCUAUAAUUCACUGGGGUAAUUGGGAGAUUAAGAUAAUGUAUCCAGAUUUAAACCUACCAGUUUGCCCUACCCCUUAAGCGUUUAAAAUAAAAUAUGCAACAAAAUGGAUGACUUAGUGGAGAUGGAAGCCCAUUAAUUGGGUUCCCCAUUAAACCGUUUACAUACAAGUACACAGUUUUUAUACUAAGGAUUCGUGUUUAAAAGUCUUGUAAAGUUAAUGUCUUUCACCCAGAUAUAUCAACUGUCAGUGGAAGACCAGUGUGACUUCAUUAGAUACGUUUAGUGUAUUUAGAAUGUGUAAAUUUGUGCUUUGAACUGUAGUUUAAUAAAUGUAAAAUUGCAUCAUAGUAUUUGUUGUAUUUGACCUAAUGUAACCUUGUAUGAUUGCAAUAAAAUUUUGUGUAGAUUUUACUGUUUUUUCAGGCUAAAAUUUUGGGAAAGGGGCUAGCUAGCAAAGGUAGUUUUGAAAUAGAUGUGUAUCUGGGCUGUUUCGAAGGUUAUUUUCCUUUAUAGCCCAUUUAAGUUUAGUUUGGCUUAGUACAUUUUUCAGUUAUUUAAUUAGUAAUUUAAGUAAAAUGUUUGGUAAAUCAUUGUUGUGAUGUUCAGAUUCAUUAUGGAGAGUUGAUGUGCAGUAAGCAUGAUGUUUAACAAUUUUAACACCAAAAAUGUUAAUCCUGCAUAAACCAAUUGUAAUAAUUAAUAGGUGUUUCUGUAUAGAUAGAAUGCAUAGAGUACCUUAGUAAAUCUUUGAAUCGCAAA